GUGCCGUGCUCCGGAUUUUCGUUUUUAUUGGUCUUUGAUUUUAUGAACCAAAAGAAUGCAAAGUGAACGUUUUGUAGUUAAGUAUAUAACAGUGAACAACUGUUUUGCUUAUUUGCCGGACACCUGGCUACGUAAAUUGGAAACUAAGGAGAAUGUAAUUCAAAUAAUGCAUAAGGAUGAAACAUAUUACAUGUCUUAUAACGUAAGACCGAAUCCCAGUGGAACACUGUGCCUUGGCACAAUUUUUGCAAGAAGUUUGAACAUUGAAGAAGGUGACGAAGUAUUUGUAUCCCUCUUGAAGGAUGUUCCAAUUUCAACAAAAAUUAACGUUGCACCUCUCACUGCGCCUGAUAGGGAAAUUUUGGAAAUACAAAUGGAAAAGGUGCAAUCGACACUGUUAAGCCAAAUUCACAUGGUAGCUGCUGGACAGCCAAUCGUCGCGUGGGUUUCGAAACAUACAUCCAUUACGCUAAUCGUAGAAUCGCUAGAGCCAGCAAUGAAAUACGGAAGGCUCGAGCAAUUUUCCGAGGUUCACGUUUCUGAUACAAUAGCAAGUACAAAAAAGAACGAGUCAGACGAAAAUUCCAAACAGUCGUCCAGUAUGGCGAACAAUCUGCUCUCCGCUCUCAAAAGAUUCUUACCAAGCAUAAACGAUCGAAAUUCAGAAGAAGACCGAGCAGCAAAGAAUUACGAACUUUUGCAGAGUUUUCGCGAUAGGAAAAUACCGACGGUGUACCGUGUCUAUCCGAUGCCCAGUGUGGAUGCAAUCGAAGGAAAUGAAUACGACGAGAUUGCGCGUUGCCCCUAUCACGUGUUUAUCCCAAGAAUUCAAGCGCCAGAAUUCUCACAAACAAACGAUUUUGCUAUCUGUCGUAUAAAGAAGGUUCUAGAGGACAAGCAACACUUGAACAUAACAAACACGAAUUUUCUCCAGAAAGACGAAUCCCCGGUUCCAAAGCUCUCUACGGAAUUGAUAACGAGAGUGUUUAUAUUGGAAGAUUUAUUAGAGAAAUCCUCUACGUUGGACAGGAACCAUUUUAACGUAAAUUUUCGUCAUAAAAGCGUAUACGUUUCGACUAGUUUGAGAAGCAGUUUGAGCUUAAAAGUAGGCGCGAAAGUAAGUUUGUGUUUGGUAGAUACUUUUGAAACAUCUUCACCAUCUUCCAUCGAGCUGUUCUCGUGGAGAAAUUCUGUGUCUAUGAGAGAUUUCGAGAAUUUCGUUAAAACGCAUUCCUUUCAUAAAGAAUUGUUAAUCAACGCACGUGCUGUUAUCGAUAUGGAUAAUGGUUGUCGUUGUAUAGUGAAUAUCUCACCGGAGAAUUGUAAGUUUGCCAUGAUCACGGAGAACAAUUUAGGAAACGUGAGGGUGCAUGUGAGGGAUGUUGAAGAGGAAAGUCAACUGAGAAUAUCUGAACACUUGGAUCAAGAAACUCCUUUGCUAGGAAAGACAUUCACGAGAUACUUAAACAAAAUUCUAUCAGAAUGCGAACUCGCGUUAGAUCUUGGUCUAGGCUUAAAAACACAACUACCAUUCGAAUACGAGCCUGAAAACAUCUUAAUUUCUGGAGCAAUUGGUUCAGGCAAAACCACUAUCUGCAAGAUACUUAUAGAAAAAUUACAGAAUCCACCGUAUUUUGUACAUACUCACAUGAUGGAUUGUAGAUCUUUAAAAGGAAAGAAGGCUGAAACGUUACAAAAAAUUAUUAUGACCGCACUAACUGAAUGUAUUUAUUACCAGCCUUCGGUAUUAUUUUUGGACGAUUUAGAGUCCAUUACUAGUGCGUCCAUGAAUGACGAGGGGAACACUCCCGAUAGCAUAAACGCUGCCAGGAUCACAGAUAUAUUGGUUAAUACAGUGACACAAUAUCAAGAAAGUUGUCAAGUAUCAGUAAUUGCUACGUGUGCGAGUGUUAGCACGAUAGGUCAAAAACUGAGACCGGCUAGGGGUUGUCACUUUUUUAGGACCGUUUUAGCUGUUCCUAAUCUAGAGAAGGCGGAUAGAAUCGAUAUUUUGCAAUUAAUGCUUGGGGACAAGUUGUACGUGCCUGGAGACGUGAAUUGGGAUUACUAUGGAAACAAGACCGAGGGAUGGAUGGUUCAGGAUCUCGUGGAUAUGGCUGAGAAAGCUGCAUUUGCCGCUUGGAAGCGUCACGGUACGGUCAAGCCUCCAGUCGAGAUCGCAGAAGAGGAUGUAGCGGUCGCCCUGAAGAAUUGCACGCCGAUAUCUUUGCAAGGUGUACAAUUGUACAAAGGGGCGGGCCACGUUUGGUCCGAUAUUGGCGGUCUGGUUGAAGUGAAAAGAUCUCUCGUAGAGAUUCUGCAGUGGCCAUUAAAAUAUCCUGAAAUAUUCAAGAAUGCCCCGAUUAAGUUGCAAAAUGGGGUUUUAUUGUACGGCAUGCCUGGCACGGGAAAAACGAUGCUCGCCAAAGCGAUUGCCAACGAAUGCGGUGUUAAUUUAAUCAGUGUUAAAGGUCCAGAAUUAUUAUCAAAAUAUGUUGGUGUUAGCGAGGAGUCUGUUAGAAACGUAUUCGAAAGAGCGCUUCGUGCCAAACCGUGUGUAUUAUUUUUCGAUGAAUUUGACAGUCUUGCUCCAAGACGAGGUCACGAUAGUACUGGCGUUACUGACAGAGUGGUAAACCAAUUAUUAACGCAAAUGGAUGGGGUAGAGGACAGAGAAGGUGUUGCAGUCGUGGCAGCGUCUUCAAGACCAGAUUUAUUGGAUCCAGCACUGUUAAGACCUGGACGUCUCGAUAAAGCUUUAUAUUGUCCACUUCCGAAUGAGGUGGACAGGGAGGAAAUCUUAAUUGCCCUGUGUAAAACACAAAAUAUAGAUACGACGGGGUUAGAUUUAAAAGAACUGGCAGUACUUACUUCAGGAUUUACGGGUGCAGAUUUAAAUGCUGUGGUAACGCAGGCCAGACUAUCAGCUUUCGAAGAUGCUGUUGCGAAUGCUCCUGACGGAAAGAUCGAAGCGGAGGACAUUAAGGUUUCUCAGACGCAUUUAAUCGAUUCCAUCAAAUCUACUCAUCCUUCUUUAUCCCGUGUCGAAAAGGAGAAAUAUAAAAGGAUUUAUGCCAAAUUUGCGAAGAAUGAUAAUUUCGUGGAAGAUAUAUUGCAAAAUCAGAAAGCUACUUUGGCAUGAACGCAAGAUGAGGAUGGAUCUUCUUUUUGGUGUAAUUAAGAAUAUAUUUUCAAUGUACAAUGUUUCAUUGUAAGAAAUAUGUUUAUAUCUUUAUUCUUAUACAUUGAUACUGAUUACUUAUACAUUGAAUUUUGCAAGAGUACAAUCGAUUUGUAUAAAGUGAUUUCUAAUAAACCAAAGUUUAAUAAUUA